AUGGAGUGUGAAGACCUCUGUAUUGAAGUCAUUAUUCAGCUCACAACGCAGCUGAAGCUGGAGCAGACCACCCGUUGCCUGCUGGAUGAGUGCCACAAAGAGCUGUGUAACAUGCCCUCCAUGCGAGGCAGCCUGGCCACCCUGACCCUUCUUGGCAAGUUGGUGGAUGCCAUUCCUGCUCUGGCAGAUGAGCUUGUAAUGGAGCACGGAAACCUGAUGGAGCAUCUGUUGAGAGGCUUAGUAUACCCCAGUGAGGGCAUACAAGCUUCUGUCUGUUACCUUUAUGGGAAGCUAUACUCCUCACCCGUGGCAGCUGAGAUGCUUUCAGGACACUUCCGGGAGAAGCUUUUUCCCCUCUUCCUUUCCAUCCUGGAUGGUGCCCAGACAAAGGAGCUGCAGAUUAACUGCUUGGGUUUACUGAGGCAGCUGUUGAAGUAUGAUCUCUUUGUGUCCAUGAUCAUGAACAAGGAUGAACUGGGAGAAAGUGCUAAGAAUAUCGAAGGGUCAUCAGGAGAUACCUCACUGCCUUUGGUGCUCAAAAAGGUAAUUGUCUUCUUUCUCCUUUCUAGAGAUGAAACCCUGCAGGUGGCCAGUGCUCACUGUAUAACUGCGGUGCUUGUCCACUCCCCAGCAAAGCAUGCCCCGGCCUUCAUCCAUGCUGACAUCCCAGAGUUCCUCUUUGAGCAUCUUUCUUCUUCCAGUGAAAUGCUCGUCUGGUCCAGCUACAACUGCUUGACACUCCUGGCAGAAGAGCCACUCUUUUUUUCCAAGUGCCACACGGUGUAUGGGAUCGAGGCAGUGGUGAGGAGCCUGCAGGGGAGCCUGGAGAUGAACAACACAGAGCUGCACAAGCAGGGCCUGUUGCUUUUCACUGAAAUCCUGACCCGGCAGCCAGAGGAGAUCAAGCUGUUCACAAACUCAGCCAUGUGCAGAGAUGCUGGCCGUGCCCUCCAAGAAGCAGUUAGCAGCCCUGUGCUGGAGGUGGCUGCUGAGGCUGUGAAGGCCACUUCUGCUUUUCUGAGGAAGGACCAUCAGAGUGCUCCACCUGUGCAGUAUGGGGAACUGCAGUCUUUGCUAGAAGCCAUGCUAAACCGGUGUGCGGAGUUUUCCCAGACCUUGCUGAACAGGAGGCCCCUGGGCCAUGCCUCCAGUAGAAAUUCAGAGAAAGCCAUUCUUCAAAGGGGAAAGUUCCUCCUGAGCACUCUGGAGGGAUUUAGAAGUGCCUGCAGGUUGGCUAUAGAAUUCCAGAGUGAGCCUUCAGCCCAGGAGAAUCCAUUCACAGCUCCCAGCGCCAAGAAGGAAGACACCUUGGAGGCCUUCUCAGAAUUUCUUCUCAGUGCCUGUGACUCGCUGUGUAUCCCUAUGGUGAUGAGACAUUUGGAGCAGACCACCCACCCAGCUUUGAUGGAAGUUUUCCUCUCAAUUCUACACAGCCUCUUUGUCAUCGUUCCCCACAUGAAGGAGAAGUUUUCCAAGAAGCUUGCUGCCUCAUCCUUCAUACGACUGACCCUGGAGCUGAAGGCCAGGUUUUGCAGUGGUCUGAGUCACUCAGCCCUAAACCAGGUGUGUUCCAAUUUCCUCUACUAUAUGUGCCUCAACCUUCUCUCAGCUCCAGAGAAGACAGGACCACCUUCUGAAGAAGAACUCUCUGCAGUGUCUGAGCUCCUACAGCACGGGCUGCCCCAGAUAAGCAGCAGGAGCCCUGAAAGCCUUGCCUUCCUGUCUGAUCGCCAGUACAUGGAGGGAGCUGCUCGCCAGAGACAGUACUGCAUCCUGCUACUCUUCUACUUGGCCUACAUCCACGAGGACAGGUUUGUCUCAGAGGCAGAAUUAUUUGAGGCUGUACAAAGCUUCCUUCUGUCUCUGCAGGACCAGGGCGAGCGCCCCCCACUGGUGGUCUUCAAAGCCUCCAUCUAUCUGCUUGCAAUCUGCCAGGACAAAGACAAUACACUACAUGAGACUAUGGUCAGUGCAGUCAGAAAAUUCCUAGAAGGCAUCCCAGACCUGCAGCUAGUCUAUACCCACCAUCCGCUCCUGCUCAGGUUCUUUCUGUAUCCAGAGCUCAUGAGUAGGUAUGGGUACCGUGUCCUGGAACUUUGGUUCUCCUGGGAAGAGAGCAGCUGUGAGGAACUGGAUGAUGUCACCUCUGCUGGGCAGCCCGCCCUUCCUACCAGCUUAGCAGUCCUGUUCCAGUUGCUCAGAAGCAUCCCCAGCAUCCUGCUCAUCUUGCUGGUAGGCAACCACUCAUUCAUUUCUACAUUCAGAAAUUGUGGGCCUUCUCUCUGA